UCAAAAAAAGAGACAAUGCAGAACCUCAAUGACCGUCUGGCUGCAUAUCUGGACAAAGUGAGAUCUCUGGAGGAUGCCAACACCGAGCUGGAGCGCAAAAUCCGUGAGUGGUAUGAGAAAAGUGGCCCUGGCACUGGCACCCCUGGAUCUGGGAAUGACUACAGUAAAUUCUACCCCUUCAUUGAAGAUCUUCGAAACAAGAUCAUCAAUGCAACCAUCGACAAUGCAAGGAUCAUUCUGCAGGUUGAUAAUGCCAGACUGGCUGCUGAUGACUUCAGAGUGAAAUACGAGAAUGAAGUGGCUCUUCGGCAGAGUGUGGAAGCCGACAUCAAUGGCCUGCGCAGAGUCCUGGAUGAGCUGACCAUGACCAGGGCAGAUCUGGAGAUGCAGAUUGAAAGCCUGAAUGAAGAACUGGCUUAUCUCAAGAAGAAUCAUGAAGAGGAGCUUCAGGGCAUCCAAAGCAGUGAAUUUGGCCAAGUCAGCGUGGAAAUGGAUGCUGCUCCGGGGACUGACCUGACCAAGCUUCUGAAUGAUAUGAGGGGACAGUACGAAGUCAUUGCCGAGCAAAACCGUAAAGAGGCUGAGGCGUGGUUCAAUGAAAAAAGCGGGGAGCUGAAAAGGGAAAUCUCCACCAACACUGAGCAGCUUCAAUCGGGAAAGAGCGAGAUCACAGAUUUAAAACGGACUCUCCAGAGCCUGGAAAUAGAGCUGCAGUCUCAGCUCGCCAUGAAAAAAUCCCUGGAAGACACUUUAGCAGAAACGGAAGGUGGUUACUGCGCUCAGCUGUCACAAAUCCAAAUGCAGAUCGGGAACCUGGAGUCCCAGCUUUUCCAGGUCAGAGCUGACAUGGAGCGCCAGAACGCAGAGUACCAACAGCUCCUAGACAUCAAGACUCGUCUGGAAAUGGAGAUUGAAACCUACAGGCGCCUGCUGGAUGGCGAGUUUGUGUAAGGAACAAAAUAUCUCCUUGGGUUUAUUUUCUGUAGCAAAAUCCUUUCCAGGAAAAUACCAGAUCCAACCAAAACUAGAAAGAUCAAGACAAUUGUCGAAGAAGUGGUAGAUGGAAAGGUUGUUGCAUCCCACGUAAAGGAAGUUGAAGAGAAGAUAUGA